AUGGCAGAUAACCCAGAGAUCUCCCAGCUCAUCUCGGUCAAUCUUGCCACUGUUUGCAUCGAGAGCCUCCUCUACGGCAUCUUCUUCGUCCUCUAUGGCGCCUCUACCUACCUCCUCAUCCGCCAGAGUAGAGCGAAAGUGGCUGCCGAGGGCAAGCACUCCAGCAAGUCGGUGUACAGGGCACCCAUGUUCAUCGCGGCAAACAGCAUCUUCCUCACAGUGACUGGUCACUGGGUCCUCACUGUCUACAGGCUAUUUGAAGCUUUCGUCAACUUCCGCGGCGGAACGGCCGCGCUGUUCUUCUACGCAGACAUUGCACUCCCCUCCGAGGUCGCUAAAUCCGCUCUUUUGGUCGCUACUGUUAUUGUAUCUGAUGCAAUGAUUAUAUACCGCCUGUACAUCAUCUGGGGCUACAACAAAGCGAUCAUCGUUCUCCCCGUUCUCACCUGGUUUGGUCUGAUUGCCGUCGGUGUCGGUGUCUGCUGGCGUUUCUCCUUGUACAAGCUCGGCGACAACGUCUACAGUGGCCAGACCGGACGAUGGAUCACCGCCGACUGUUUCUUUACCCUCGCUACGAACGUGUAUUGUACAGUCUGCAUCUCCUACCGCGUCUUCCGCACGCGCCUCCGCGCGCGGAGCCAUCCCUCGCUCGCCUCGCCCAACCUCCUCUCCGCGCUCGCGAUCCUCGUCGAGUCCGCCGCGCUGCACACCGCGUGGAACGCGACCUUCCUCGGCGCCUUCCAGCGCGCGUCCGCGUUCCAGUUCACCGCGAUCGACGUCUGGUCGCCCGUCGCGGGCACCGCGUUCAUGCUCAUCAACCUCCGCGUCGCCCUCGGCUGGGCGCAGCGCGCGCACACCUCCGCGUCGUCCUCGGGCUUCGUCGCCGGCGCCGCGUCCAUCGGCACCUUCUCCGGCGGCCGGCCCCUGAGCGGCGACGGCGUCGGCCGGGAAUCGAAGUCGAGGCGGCCCUCGUACCCGUACGGCGCGCCGCCCCCGCCGAGCGCAGCGCACACGUACGCGCCGCGCGCCCGCGGUUCUCGUACCGCAGCGAGUGGGAGCGGGCGCGCGCAGAGAGGGAGGGCGACCCGUGGCAGGACCAGCCGUGGGUCGUCCACGCGCAGCCGCACCCGUACGCGGCGGCGGCGGGCGUCCCGCUGGCGGUGA